AUUAAACAAAGAAGAGAAGAUAGAACGAAAGCAGGAAACAGAAGAUGGGAGUAACAAAGGAACAAGUUGAAUCUUCCUUAACUUCAAAAUUGAAGCCUUCUCAUCUGGAAGUGACCGAUACAUCUGGAGGGUGCGGUGCAAGUUUUGCAAUUGAGAUUGUUUCGGAACAAUUCCAAGGGAAGAGGCUCCUGGAAAGGCACCGGAUAGUGAAUGCUGCUCUCGAAGAUGAGAUGAAACAAAUCCAUGCCCUAUCCAUAAAGAAAGCUCUGACCCCAGAGCAGUGGAAACAACAGCAAGAUGCAAAAAAAGCUAAACCAAAUGCUUAGAAAGAUACUAAAGUCGUAAUUCAGACAGCUAAAUAAGAGUUCAUGUAGCCCCAUUGAGAACUCGCCCGCUAUACUAAACCAUCACUUUACCUUUAGCCUAAAAUUUGAUGUUUUUUUCCCUUAAAUUUGUUUAGAAUGUUAUGCUGUGAUUACCUUCCCAUGGGGGAGUUUGUGAUGCAUGCCAAACUACUACUUAUGUCGCA